UCCCGCUUUCCCAGGGCCGGCCGGAUACUUCCGGUUAUUUAGCUUUUUGCCGGAGGCUGCGCAUUUUACCUAAUCUCCGUGUGAGCAGCUCGGGGCAGAGUCCUUGGCGAGCUGUAACUGAACUACAUGUCGUCCACGGAGCCUCCCGAGGACAGACAGAGCGGCGACGAUCCACCCGGGGACCUCCGCAGUGUCCUGGUCACCAGCGUGCUCAAUCUCGAGCUCUUGGACCAGGACCUCUUCAGAGGAAGGCAUUACUGGGUACCCUCAACCCAGCGGCUGUUUGGGGGUCAGAUUGUAGGCCAGGCCCUGGUGGCUGCAGCCAAGUCUGUGAGCGAAGAUGUUCACGUGCACUCCCUGCACUGCUACUUUGUUCGGACAGGGGACCCGAAGGUGCCGGUGCUGUACCAGGUGGAGCGGACGCGGACAGGGGCGAGCUUCUCUGUGCGCUCCGUGAAGGCCGUGCAGCAUGGCCUGCCCAUCUUUAUCUGCCAGGCCUCCUUCCAGCAGGCCCAGCCCAGCCCCCUUCAGCACCAGUUCUCCAUGCCCACCGUGCCCCUGCCCGAGGAGCUGCUGAGCCACGAGGCCCUCAUUGAACAGUAUUUAAGGGACCCUAACCUCCAAGAGAAGUACCGAGUGGGGCUGAACCGAAUUGCUGCCCAGGAGGUGCCCAUUGAGAUCAAGGUGGUCAACCCACCCACCCUGAGCCAGCUGCGGAGCAUGGAACCAAAACAGAUGUUCUGGGUGCGAGCCCGGGGGUACAUUGGGGAGGGCGACAUGAAGAUGCACUGCUGCGUGGCUGCCUAUAUCUCGGACUACGCCUUCCUGGGCACAGCGCUGCUGCCCCACCAGAGGCAGCACAAGGUGCACUUCAUGGUCUCCUUGGACCACUCCAUGUGGUUCCACGCCCCUUUCCGAGCGGACCACUGGAUGCUCUAUGAGUGUGAGAGCCCCUGGGCUGGUGGUUCCCGGGCCCUGGUUCAUGGGCGGCUGUGGCGUCAGGACGGGGUCCUGGCUGUGUCCUGUGCCCAGGAGGGCGUGAUCCGAGUGAAGCCCAAGGUUUCAAAGAGCAAGCUAUAGCCAGAGGUACCAGCUUGGCCUGGCACUUCAGGGACCUUCCUUCUCUCCCCACUCCUGAGGCAGGAGUUACUGUCCAGGGCCAGCCCUCUGUCCCUGACAUCCAAUAAAGACUCAUACCACUGGA